UUUAUAUCUCGGCGGCGGUGAUCGGACGUUUGUCUCAAGAACAGUGAUCGAGUGGUCCCCCACCCUCCCUAUGAUAUCUAAAUUUGAGUUUUCACGUGGUUAAUAUAUAGUUUGUUUACAUUUUCGGAAAGUGUGACAUAUGAAGGAAGGCUGUUAUGCCGGCAACGGGUUUUCUUAAAAUUAAUUGCUCGUGACAUUUGUUACUCCGAAAUCGCCGGUAUUUUAAAAGUUGUCAAGUGUACAUUCAUAACCUGGGAAAUUAUUUUUUUUUAACUUUUCAAACUUACAACAUGAUUGACUUACGUGCAAUAGAUGAAAUGGAGCAGCGGGAUCUGCCACAAGCAUUCCGUCUGCUGGGAGAAAUGAAUGCCAAUGUGGUUCAAGUGAAUCAGUUGGUGGACAACAUGCUGGUCAGGGUAAAAAAUGGGGAGAUCUCAACGGACAAGGGUCUUAGUUUCCUAGAAAUGAAGUAUCACAUGCUGUUAUCCUAUCUUAUAAAUUUAACUUAUGUCGUCUUGAGAAAGUGUUCUGGAGAAAGGAUUGAAGGAGACCCAUCGAUUGAUCGCUUGAUUGAGAUCAGAGCAGUGUUGGAAAAAAUCAGGCCUAUCGAUUACAAGCUUAAGUACCAGAUAGACAAGCUUGUGAAAACUGCAGUUACAGGAACAACAAACAGUGAUGAUCCAAUCAACUUUAAGCCCAAUCCAGAUGCCUUGGUUGGUCAGUUGGACGAGACAGAGGAAGAGUCAGGAAGUGAGGAAGAAGCUGAAGGUGCCAAAACACAAAAGUCUGGAGUUUACAAGCCACCAAAACUUGCUGCUGUUCAUUAUGAUGGUGAUGAAACAAUGAAAGAAAAAAUGCGCAAGGCCGAGGAAAGAGCACGCAGACGUGUUGUGUCAAAUACUGUCCUACGAGAGCUAAAGGAAGAAUAUCUUGAUGCGCCGAUUGAAGAUGCAAAUGAUAUAGGACAAAAACAAGCAAGCCUUAGCCGUGAAUAUAAGAGGAGGAUCGAAUACGAAGAGAAUAACUUGACACGUACACAAAUGACCAAGGAAGAGAAACAUUGUCUACGUCAAAUGACAACUCUUGGUACACUUGGAACAGAAAUUACUACUUUUGGUGGUUCCUCAUCAGCAAAAAAAAGAAAAGCUCCCAAAGGGAAAUCUAAAAAAAGUUUCAAAAAGAAACGACGUCACUAAAAUGUGAUUUACUUCAAUCGUCCCAAAAGAAUUCAAAACAUUGGUAUUGACUAUUAAGGUAAAUCUCUGAAAACUUACUUCGUCACUUCCUCUUGGUAAACGAAAUCGCCAGUAAUACUCUCGUUGCUAAGUUAUAUUAAUAAAUUGAUUGAAAAGUCUACCAAUAAGGAUAUACUGUCAGUCAAAGAAACCAAAAACGUGACAGUUGUACUAUUGUGUAAGGCAUCGUAAUGGUCGUAAUUAUAAUUACCAAUUAUAGUUACUAAUGAUUUUAAUCUCCAACUGUUAUAAAGAAAAACGAUUUUUAAAUUAUUAUUAACUUGUCUAACUUUACAUGGACAAGCGUUUUACUGAUACUCAUUCAUUUUUAAAGAAGUGAGGCAUCAGUGUUGACAGAUAGUACAAUUUUGUCUUCUUUCAUGGUAAAGUUGGUUAGUUGGUUAGUUGGUUGGUUUUGCCCCUCGUAGAGGAAGCGCUGUAUUUUCUUUUAUACUGUUUGUUUUCCACACAGAUUAUUGUAAUUACUAAUAAUAGAUUAUUAUCGAAAAUUUAGAAUUUGUGUUUUUAUUUUAAUUUGGACUGUAAAUUAUUUAUAUUUAUAUUUAAAUUUUGUUUUACCGCUACGUGUAAUUUAAGUUUGUUUGAAAAUUUCGAGAAUCGGGCACGUAUCUGACAACACUGAUACGCGUAUGGACGAAUUUACUUCGCGUUAGAAGAAAUAAUCUAAAUAAGCGAUGGUGGCUUCUAAAAUAAAAGAAAAAAAUAUUAUAAAGCCCAAAGCACAUCAGCCGUAAAAAAAAAAGAGUAAAGCUAGAUUGAGAUUCAAAGUUUUUUGAAAGAAAUGAAAAAAAUAAGAAGAUAGCAUCGUCCGAGUGACGGCGCUCGAAUCAAUUGUUACAAAAGCGUAAAAAUCACAAGACAUUCACCAAAAGCGCAAACUCACUUUAGGCUACCGUCGAAAAAAAAGCUACACUUACCCUUUGGCACUGUCGAAAUUUCAGGUCUCUUAAGAAAAUUACCAGUUAAUUAUUCACGAUCGCAUGUCUUAGGAUUUUCUCGCUGUUCUUAGGGUAGUAAUAUUAGUAGAUAACUAGAUUAAGUAUUACAUGUAUGUUUUGUUCGUGUUUCCCCCCUGGUAAAACAAUGUUGAGGCUAUUCAAAAAUGAAAAAAAAAAAAAAAACGCAAAAAAGGAAAAAAACUUUCAUUGUGACUUUUGUUUUCGGGAACUUUGCGUUCAAUUUUUAUUUAACGCAGUUUAUCUUUCGUUCCUUAUUGUUUACUCGAAUAUAAAGACAAGCUCAUAUAAUCUUUAGGCAUUAAACGUGGAUGUGUCAAAAUUCAAAAUUGAUGUAAAAGGUUUUUUAUCAAGCGUUUAUUUCACAUUACUGUAUUUUGUUUCGUCUAAGAGAGAGAAAGCAUGUAACAUCACGGAAUAUUAAGAAAAUAUAAAAAAAAAAAAUGGAAGUAAUGUAAGAUGAGUGUUACUUCAUAUCGAAAAAAAAAUUAUCAAAAUUCGUUACGAACCUUUCGACAAAUUGUUUAGUUCUAAAACGUUCCGUACACCAGGAUAAGCUCUCCGAGCUUUACCGGGAUUGCAAUGCUAGAGUUGUCCAUCAAACUGUUUGUUUGAUGGCGAAUUCCAGCAUCGCGAUUCGUUUUGCAUUUUUCGAGGAAAAAACUUUUCGGCCUCAGCGAAGCCCAAUUAUGUUGGUGAAGUAAAUCGCUGCACCUUCCGAUAAAAAAAAAAAAAAAAAAAAAAGAAGAAGAAUGAAAAAAGAAAAAAAAGUUUUUUAUCGCUUACGCCAAUUGUUGCAGGCUCGAUCAUUCACAUAUAGCUCUAUAUAUUUUUUACAAAGAUGUUCAUUGUUUGAGCCGAUUGGCGAAGCAUGAUGUUACGUGCGUUUCUUUCUGUCCAAUCUGUGACAAAGAUUAAGAUGAAAAAAAAAAAUGUGAUAAAUUAUUCUUGAAAAAUAAUAGUUAAAAGAAACAAAUGAGAAUGGAAGAUGGAUGAUACUAAAAAAUGGAGGAAGAAAAAAAAAAUAGCACAAUUGCUGGGCAUUAUUUACAAAGUGCUAGCAAAAAGCCUAAAAAAAAAAAAAAAUGUCGUCAGCAGCCUCUCGUGUAGUUCCGAUAAUUGAAGCCGAAAUGGAUAAAUGUCAAUGAAAAUUUGUCGAGCCUUGUUGUGGGGGCAGAUGUUGAUAAUUGGUUUUUUUUUACUGUCAACGCGCAAGCACAUGUACAAUAGAUUGAUCGUCAGUUUGUAGAACGUAUACACGUUACAACACAAUAUGAAGAAUGUCUGAGAAGAGAUGAUUUUUAAGAUUUACAAACACAAGCAGAUUUCAAUCGAGACGCACAUCAUCAAAUUCUACUUGACAUUUAACCGGCAUUUCGCUUUCAACAACUUGGACGAUAAGUAAUAAUUGAAGAAUUUCAACUAUACCCCCUCCAAAGAGACCACUAUGAGUCCAAAUAAACUUUUCUAGGGACAGGGUUUUGAAUUUUAAAUAAGAGUAAUAAAAAAUAAAAUAGAAAAAAAAUAAGAGAGAGAGAACGGAGACGAGGGGGAGUGUAAGAGGGUGCUUUGAUUUUUCAAAACGCUGAGCGCGAGGAGCGAGAGUCCAGCGUUUUAUAGGCAUGCGCGUUUUAAAAUUUUUUUUAUUGAUUUUUCCGUUGAUUUUCGAUUGCUUGUUUGUACGGUUACACAAACCGGAAGUCGAUGAAUUUUUGACCUUUUGGACUUGUAGCAAAGGGUUGUACGGCAAACGAGCGUGAAUGACGAACGAAUCAUAUUACAAAAAAAUUGUACGAUGCAACACAAACACAUAUCCGCGCACAGUUACUAAACAAACUCAUGUCCAAGUCUAAUUUUAAGGUAUCGAUCGAAUUCAAGAAUUUGUUACCGGGUCAACCGUUUUUUCGCGUGGCUCGAAUCGAAGGAAUGGAUUAUCUCUGCGAGUCAUUAAACAAAGUAACAAGCAACGCAUCCGAGAAAUAUAAAAAUUAGUGUAAAACAGGGGAGAUCUGAGGGGAUGGAUGAAAAAGAAACUCUGUUCGUUUCUCGUUUUCCAUAGCAGUGGAAUGGAUUCCCGACACUUCACAAUGUACAGAUAUACGCUAUGCGAACAGAUGAUGAACAAUAGUUAUUUAUACAGAAUUAGUUGUAAUAACAAUAAACACAGUACUUGAAGGGCGGAAAGUGAAUUUCCGCGCCUUCGUUCGCGCCUGAUAUGCCUUGAGUCUUUCAGCAUUAUUAUACGAAAUGAUACAUUUUUUAUUAUUGUAACAUGCGACAACUAUAAUACACAUUCUUUAAUAUCUUAACGAUGAGAAAUAGAGAAGAAAAAAAAAUAAGAAAAAGAAAAAAAAACGAACAGAGUUGGCAUUUAUUACAUAGUUCCAAAGAGAGUGAGAGAAAAAAAAAGUAUAGAAAAAAAACUAAGUUCACGCUGCUGUCCAAUGGAGACGUCUUUGCAGCAAAGACAAAAUAAAAAUAAUUUAUUGACUGGGUACAUGUGAAUUAUUGAAUGAUUUGUGAGAAUCACCGUGUCAAUCGGUGAUGCUGAUGAAACUUUUGAAUACUGAUAAUGUUUUUUUAUUAUAAAUUUAUUAUGAUUUUUAUCAUUAUUGAUUGAUUGAUUGA